UUAUUUUUAUUUUAUUUUUAUUAGUAGAUUGGUUGAAAACCUUAAAACCUGCUAAUUAAUUAAUUUAUCUAUGUGUCCAAGUUAUAUUUAUACACCGGAUAAUUGAAUGCGUCAAUCAGAAGUGACUAAUUAAUAAUGAUAUCUCAGUACGUAUCGUAUACGGUGUGCAUCGUUCUGUUUAAGAACAAAGACUAUUCGCUUGGGUGCAGUUAUUUGAAAUAAUGAAAAUGUAUUAAGAAAAACAAUAUCACUAUGAUUUAGAAAAGUUAUUAUAUAAAGAACCCGAAUGAACAAUGGGUUCAACCCAAGGGGAGAUUAGAGUUGGACCAUCUCAUCAGGCUAGAUUACCAGAUUAUCGAACAGUUAGUAAUAGUUCAAAUGGAAUAGUUGGAGAGGAUAGAGAAGAAGCCCGUUGGGUAUCAGGUACUGUAAGAGAUCGAGAUUUAUUAGUUUAUUUACGUGCAGCUCGAUCCAUGGCUGCAUACGCGGGUAUGUGUGAUGGUGGCUCUGCUGACGAAGGAUGUAUUGCAGCAUCACGGGAUGAUACAACAAUUAAUGCUUUUCACAUUUUACAUGAUUCUGGUUAUGAUCCUGGAAAAGCUUUACAAGCACUAGUUAAGUGUCCAAUGCCUAAAGGAAUUGAUAAAAAGUGGUCUGAAGAAGAAACGAAAAAGUUUGUAAAAGGAUUAAGACAAUAUGGAAAAAAUUUUCACAGAAUCAGAAAAGAUUUGUUGCCCCAUAAGGAUACUCCGGAAUUAGUCGAGUACUAUUAUUUAUGGAAAAAAACACCGGGUGCUAAUAAUAAUAGACCUCAUAGAAGAAGAAGACAAGGCUCUUUGAGACGAAUCAGAACUACAAGAGCUACAAGACCAUCUAGUGCUCAAAAAGAUGAAUCUAGUACAGGUUCACGUCCAUCACCUAUAUCAAAAGAACCCGGUGAUGGGAGUUCUGGUGUUAGUGAAGACGAUGGUGGAAAUACUGAAGAUGACUCUGACUCUAGAGAUAAUACUACACUAUUUCGAUGUCAUCAUUGUUUUGCAACAAGUACUAGAGAUUGGCAAAAUGCAGCUAUUGGACCUAAGCAAGGCAAUUUAUUAUGUUUUGAAUGUCGCAGUUAUAAUAAAAAAUAUGGUGAAUUACCACCUACACCACAAUCACCUGCUGAGUGUCCUAGUCCAGCUACUUCCGAUGUCACUGUUACUGCUGAAUCUCCAAGUAGAAUGCGUACCCGUAAUAAAUCUAAAGAAACGCCUACUAAAAGUAUCCAGAGUAGAUCAAAGCGCAGCAGAGCUAAUACACCAGAAAUAAUUCAAGAUAAUGAAAAAAAAGAAACAUCAGUGGCUUCACCUUCAACUGAUAAAUCUAAAUCUAAGGGAAAUUUGAGUGAUACUCCAAAAAAACGAUCAUUAGAUACUGACGGUGAAGAAGAAAGUCCUUUAAAACGAGAAUCCAACCAUUCUGAGAGUACAAGUUCUGAUGGAUAUUCUGGUAAUGAUGAUGAAGCUCAAGUUACUACUCUAGCAUCUAGUGAAUCUAUGAAUCAAGAAACUGAAACAUCUGACACUAUACAAACAGAAACCCAACCAGAAUCUGAAUUUACCUCUGAUGUUAUACCUAAAGAAGAACCUAUUCAAGAACAAAAUACUGAAUCCCAGUCUGAAGAUAUGAUAGUUAUUUCAGCUGAAAACGUUAAUAAUAACGAAAAUGUAUCAAUUAAAAAUGAAACUAGUGAUGAACUUAUGAAUGUAGAUGUGCCAGAAGAAUCUCAACAGUCUAUUAACUCAACUGAAGAAGUUGAAAAAGAGUCAGUAGAAAAAAUAGCAUACACAGUACCAAAUACUCAGUUUGCAGCUGAAAAUGUCAUACCUUCAGAUGCUGAUGUUGAAGUUAAAGAAGAAUUGACUACUACUACAACUAUUUCUGAAGAAAUAUCCCAACCACAAAUUGAACAACCUGUUCAAGAAGAGUGCAUGACUUCACCAAUUGCUUUAACAUCCUAUUCACCUAGGCGUUCAGAAGCAAUAAAACCACCUACUCCAAAUCAACCUCAAAUACUUGUACCAACAUAUCAAAAUUCAUUUAAUGAUCAUGAAAGAAUUGGAGACAAAUCAUUAAAUGUACCUACUGUUUCUGCACCGGUCACACAAUCAUUUGCUACUCCAUUUUAUCCUUAUAACAAUCAAAUUUCGGAUAAAAUACAUGCUCCUGUGUAUGAAACACAAUUGGAACCACAAAAUUUAAAAAUAAAGCAAGAAAUAUCUGAUCCAUUACAAUCAUUAAAAGAAGUUAAAGUACCUGGUUACAAUGGUCCUGGUGCUGUUUCUCAACCAUUACAAGCAACAAGUUCUGCUAUUACUGUUAAUACAGACUUAGCUAAUAUGUCGGCUGAAACAAUUAAAAAAGAACCAGAAUUAAAGUCUCCGUUACAAGCCAAAUCACAUACUCAAACUUCUUCAGCACCAUUAUUUGCUCCUCCAACAUCUAUUCCUCAACCAGUAAUGCACCCUUCACAACAAAUAUCCUCAUUAAACCGAAUAUCUCCAGCCGGUGGAGUUCCACCUCAUCAUCCAUUUGCUGCUAUGCAUCCUCAUCAUCCUUUAUUACAUCCACAUUCAUUAUUUGCUGCUGCUGCAGCUGCACAUGCAGUUCUGCAUAAUCCAUAUCAUCCUCAUCCUGCAUAUGCAGGAUAUCCACCAUAUGGAUUCCCUUAUGCACCUUAUCCUAUACCACCACCGAGUAAAAGAGGUCCUGAUGAAACCACAACAAUGACAGCUCAUCAUCAUCAUUCAGUUAGUACUAGCAGUCGCAUUGAUGAAGAAAUUACUCAUCAUUCCAGUUCAACAUCAGUUCAACAUCUUUCAAGUUCUACAGAUAAACAUACUUUAUCACAUUCAACUACUUCAUCUUCACAAUUAGUACAGCAUAAGUUAAAAAGAGGAAACAGCCCUCAGUCAGGUUCAAGCCAUAUAUCAGCAACUCUUUCACACACAACUUCUUCAUCUUUAUCUACUCAUGGUGGUGCUGGUAAUGCAACAAAUGGUAGUCACACCCAUCAUCAUCAGCAUACCCACCAUCAUCAACAUGCCUCUUCAUCUGUACAUGGUUCAAGUCGAAAUUUACCUCCUCAAGCAAGUGCUAUUAAACAUCAUACACCAUUAUCUUUGGAAGCACUGAGAGCCCAUACAGCCAUGCAUGGUUACAUGGGUGCAAUGGAAUUAGCUACAGGAAUGCCACCAGGAAUGGAAAUGAUGAAGCCCGAUCAGAUGAUGAGUCAAAGUACUGAUGAUGGUAAUAAUGAAGAAGAAAGUUCACCAAGUCCAAACUUACAUAUACCUCAUGGACCAUCACCUGAACCUAAAAUUGAAGAUAGUGAAUGUCAUCGUAGUCAAAGUGCAAUAUUUUUGAGACAUUGGAACAGAGGUGAUUACAAUUCAUGUUGUCGUACUGAUUUAACCUUCAAACCAGUUCCUGAGUCCAAACUUAGUAGAAAGCGUGAAGAAAGAACUAGACGACAAGCUGAAAAAGAGCGAGAUGAAAGAGAUAAAUCACAUUCAAGAAAAAGUUCAAAUAAUGACAAACAUAUGCAAGUUGCUAAUGAACAGGUUGUUAAGCCACCUUCUCGAGGUAGUAUUGAAGCACUUCAAUCUCCAUAUGAUAGAGUUAAUAGUUAUCAACAUAGAGGAACACCGGCCAAUACUCCUAUAUACCCUGACACUCCUGCAUUAAGACAAUUAAGUGAAUACGCUAGACCACAUGCUGGAUUUUCUCCUGUUUCAUUACAACGUUCAGGACCUGGAUUAGGUUUGCCACCUCAUUGCAUUGAUCCAAUGUUACAUUAUCAAUUUAAUAUGUAUCCACGUGACAGAUUCGAAUUUGAACAAAUGGAACGCGAAAAACGUGAAAGGGAAUUAAGAGAACUUAGAGAAAAAGAAUUGAAUGAUAGACUUAAAGAUGAAUUUUUAAAGUCUGGAUCAUCUGGUCCUCCCAGAAUUGAUCCACAUUGGAUUGAACUUCAGCGUCGUUAUGGAGGAACCCCUGGUAUACAUCCAUUUGGUUUGUAUCCAUCACCUGGAGCUCCUAGUCAACCUUCUACUCCUAGUAAUAUGAAUCCAUUAGAUCGGGAGCGUAUGGAUAGACUUGCUGGUGGGCCAAAUGGAAAUUCAAACCAAAAUAAUUCAAGUGGAGGCCCUUCUGGACCAUCUACUGAAGAAGCAAAUCGUUUAGCAUUGGCAACUGAUCCUAUGGUCAGGUUGCAGUUAGCUGGUAUUUCUCCUGAAUAUCAUGCACAUACUCACGCACAUUCUCAUACUCACCUACAUUUACAUCCAGGACAGCAAGCUGCUGCUGCAGCUGCUGCUGCCGCUGCUGCUGAUAGCUCAGCUUCUGCUUCUUCACCUUCAGUUUAUCCACUUGGUUCUUCUGGUGCUUACCCUCGUCCAAAUCUUUUACCUGGUCGUGAUCCUACAUUAGGACUUCAUCAUCCAAGUGAUGUGUUAGCUCGGCCAUUUGCAGACCAAGUUGCACAUGAACAUUUUCAAAGACAAAUGAUGAUGGAACGUGAACGUUUUCCACAUCAAGCUUUUAUGGCUCAUGAAGAAUUUAUUAGGCAACAACAACAACAGAGAGAGCGAGAAAUGAAAGUUCGUGCCCUUGAAGAAGCUGCACGAGGAAGACCAUAACUUUUAGUUACACAGGUAAAUUAUUAACAUAAUUGAGAAGAUAAUUACCAUAUGUCAAAAAGGUAAUGAUGUACAUUAAUUUUUGAAAAAUAAUGUGAGUGAUAUUUUUAAAUAAAAUAUCUAUACUUAAUUUUUUUAGUUAUUAAC